AUGCGGAUUAUCGUCUUGGUGACGCUAUUUUGGUCAGCAUUUGUGAGGCUGACGACUUUACAAGCUUAUCUCAUCGUACAUGAGAAAGUUGGACAGCAACUUGCUGACGUGAGGUCAGAAAGUCUUCUGACCUUCCUGGAGACAUAUCGAAAUUUUCUAACUUUCUCACACAGUGUUGAAAGCCACCUGAUUGCCACAGAUCACUGUAAACAGAAACUCGUCAACGGACAACAAAACACUCAAUCAUGGUACAACGAACACUCAGAUCAACGGGACAAUAGAAACUCAGAUAAAGGGCUGGCGGGAGGAGACCAGUGUAAGACGAGGAAGCUGGAGUUGGAUCAGUGUUUAUCAGCAGUAGCACCUUACAUGCCCAAGGUGGGCCUGCCCCAUACCCUCUCUCAGCUCAACAACAUGUGUAGAGCGUUCAAGGGAGGCAUGAAGUGUGUUGAUCGCUAUACGUCAAGUUGCCUGAGUUGGGGCGAGAGACUGGAACUGGAUCAGAAUCUACGCGGAGCCAGGGGCUUCCUUGCCUUCCUCUGUGACGACCCUGUCUUCCAGAAAGAGUAUUUGUCCCACGGUCCGUGUCUUCGAGAUGUGAGUGAUGACUGGGAACGUUGUCUCUCACAGUUCAAGGGUCUGGUUCGUCUUCAGCAUAAACACGCCAACAUCUCCCAGACCGCCAGAGACCACAACAUCUGCUGCUUGCGGGAAGGUCUGGUGUCGUGCGCGUACAGCGUGAGUUACUUCCGGUGCGAGAGACACGCGGCUGUCUUCGUCAAGAAAGUGACGGCGACGCUGUCGUACAACGACGUACAGGAGGAGAAGUGUCGCGGCGUGACGCUGAAGAUGUGUACCGGAGGCAGCAGGAGCAGCUCCUACUCCAGUACUCAGCACCUGCUGCUGCUCCUGCUUACCUGCUGUCUCCUGCUGCUGUUUAACUUAACACUCUCAAAGUCACUUUUGUCUCAAUAAAUUUUA